CUGCUUGCUCACUGACAUCCAAGGACUCUCCUCAGUAAAGAGGACAGGUCUAUAUUCCACUAAGGAAAAUCCACCCAACAGAUCACAAAUUUGAAACUAAAGAAAUGGAGUUCAGGGCUUUGCUUCUACUGACCCUGCUGGGAUUCAUGCUUGUAGAGCCAGGAUUUGGACAGAGAGCUGACAUGGACUUCAAUGAGUGGAUGACGGCUAAUCAGGAGUUUAUAAAGAAUUUAGAGGUCAACCUGAAAAAUGUAGAGCAAUGCAAGACUGAUGUUGAAGCUCUAGACGCCAGGCUCAAUGCAACUGUGGACGAACUGGAGAGACAGAAAGCUGAAAUGGACAAAAUGAAGACAGAGAAUGAAGACCUGAAAGCCAGGCUGAAUGAGACAGAGAAAGAAAUUGAUGCACUGAAACAAAGUAGUGGUAAAGCUGCUCCUCAGAUUGCAUUCUCAGCCUCUUUGGCAAACUCUGGUGAGAUUUACAGCGGACCCUCCACAGACAAGACUCUGGUUUUCAAAAGGGUCUUCUCAAACAUCGGCAAUGGCUACAGUGCAAACUCAGGCAUCUUCACAGCACCAGUGAAUGGUCUCUACUACUUCAGCUUCAGCACUUAUGGCUACAAUACGCACACAAUGGGGGCAAUGUUGAUGAAGAAUAGUGUCCGUCAAAUUUCGACCUAUGAGAGCCCCACGGCAGACGGCUCUGACAGCAGCAGUAACGCAGCUGUUCUGCAGCUGGCCGUCGGUGAUAACGUGCACGUGGAACUGUGGGAUGAUGGCAGAGUGUACGAUAACCUGAAUGGCCACACGACCUUCAGUGGUUUUCUCCUCUUUCCUCUGUAGAUGAUCAGACACAAUCUAUUUACAUUCUGCUUCUAUCAAUAGAAGAGAUGCAACCAUAGGGGCAUGUGUUUUGCUUACAGCCUGAUGCAUGCUGAUGUGAAAAUCCAGCAAAUACUCUCAUCGUGAUUCAUGUUACCUUCACAAUUACCUAAAUAAAAUGUCAGUCUUA